AUGCUGCCAGAAUCCACUCCUCCAACGGGAAGCUGCCUUCCUCCUCAUACGCCGCAUACACUAUGCAACUCGUUGCCACGAUGGGAGGACAAUGUUGACUUGGUGACGAGCAGAAUUGAAGCGGUCAAACUCAGGACGAAAGCGGAAAGUACCUACCAUCGGUUUUCAAUCCACCCUCACGUUGAAAAACUUUCAACCAUUGUGUUAAAUGCACUGGGGGCAAGCAAAAACCAACGCUGCUUUCUCUUUCCGACGGCCCGGCUGGCCCACGAGUUCCGCAUCCACCUUGAAACAAACGUUUCUGGGGCUUCGUGUCUAGUGCAAAAUGUGACCGACAUAGCAAAUGUCCCAGUCAACCACUCUCUUUUCGCCGCGCUAUUCACAACGGAGUUAAAAGACGCUAUGAAGUUCUACAUAUUUGCCGGCUGUGGGAUUUCUCCGCGUCUUGCAGAGAUCUGUGUGCAGCGGGCGGAAGGCAACUUUAGUCAGCCUCUGAGCCUUCCGCAAUCCAAUGGCGACCAUUGUUUUGGAGACUAUUAUGUCAAGCACGCGCCUCUUUCUUCUCCAGAGGCAGCAAAGCAAGCGCUACGGACUCGGUUUUCUGGAACUUUUGGUGGUGUAAAUGUUCGAGGUGUUGCAGGGGUAACGGCGGAAGACGUAUACUUGUACUCUUCUGGGAUGCAUGCCAUUUGGCAGUCCUACAAGCUGCUCCAGAAUGUCUUCGGCUCUUCAGAAAAAGAUGUCAAAGUUGCGCAUGUCAAUCUCUUGUAUUGCGACAUCUACAAAUAUGUCGACCUCCCUGGCGCGCCUGGACAUCACUUCUUCACCAAUGAGACUUUGGAUGAACUCGAAACCCUGCUCAGCACUGGGACGCGUACCCAGCCAGCUGUUCUGGCGAUUUAUACCGAUUUCCCCGGGAAUCCACACUUGUUGAGCACCGAUAUCAUCAGACUUCAUGCUCUCUCCAAUCGUUAUGGCGUUCCCCUCAUUGUGGAUGAAAGUGUUGGCGGCUUUCUGAAUGUUCAGCUCUUACCGUAUUGUGACGUAGUUGUGAGCAGUCUAACGAAGCUCUUCAGCGGUUUAGCCAACGUAUUGGGUGGCGCGAUGUUGCUGAACCCUUCAUCGCUAUUUUAUUCCCGAUUCAAGAGGACUCUCGAAAUAACGUAUGAAGACGCUCUGUUCGAUCAUGACGCCCUCGUUCUCGAAAUGAACUCGAGGGAAUACGUGCAACGGAUUGCUGUCACUAAUCGUAAUGCCGAAAUGCUGAGCGAUAUGUUGUAUCCGCUUUCCCGACAUGGCGGGGCACGCGAGUCCGUGCUGGAAGCGGUCCAUUACCCCAAAUACCGCGCCCGCAAAAACUUCGACCAGGUGCGGAAUCCUCUAGCCGGCGACGCUGGGCUCGAAGAAACGGGAUAUGGUUUUCUUCUCUCCGUCACCUUUACUUCUCUCGAAGCCGCCAAAGCAUUCUACACGUCGCUGCAGUGCUACAGAACCCCGACAUUUGGCGCCAUCUUUACCUUGGCCACAGCCUGGUCGGCGAUCGCUUUCCCUCCAGACAAAAUGGAGUGGCUUGAACAGCAUGGUGUCGAAGAGUAUCUGGUUCGUAUCAGCGUCGGAAUGGAGGACACUGAAGCAAUAUUAAAAUGCGUUCGAGAUGCCUUAGACGUAGCCCAAAAAAAUAGUGCAGAAGCUUGUGACUGCUGA